ACAUUUAACUCAAUACAUUUUAACCAAAAAGAAUUAAAACAUAUUUGGACGAUGACUGCCAACUGAAAAAGGGAAAGUCCUUAUUAAUUUAACAGAUUAAAUACGCAAACAUUUAUUUCUAUGAUUCUUCCUAAAUAUGGAAACGUCAAACUGAACCUCAACCCAAAAUUUACUCCGUUUCCCAAACCCAUCAAUUGGUUUUCUUCACAGAUUUUCCUUCCACUAAACUUUCCUUGUGCAGAGUGCCGACUAACUCAGCGGUCUCCCCUGAUGCUGUAGGCCACAACACAACAUUGUGACUUGAGCUGUUGAAAUGAAUAAUAUUUAUGUUUAACACAAAACGCCUGAAAAUGUUUGUUUGCGAUAUUAGGUGAGAAAUAAAGCAGUAAACAGAACAAUGUAUUUCCACGCGUGGAGAGAGGCGGGAACCAUUUCCACUGGUUUGUCUCCGGCCUCGGAUCAGCAGCGGACACUGUGACGGGUCAGAGUGACGUCAUCGGAGUGACGUCGAGCCUGAGGGUCUUUACGCAAUGAGAAAGACUGAACUCCGCGGAACCUGCAGGAUGUCGGCUUCACGUUUCACUUCCGGCUGGAGAGUCACUGCAGCGGCGACACAGGUUCAUGUUUUCUCUUCAAUAAACUAGCAAUUAAAUAAAACCAGCAAUAUGACAUGUGAUAAAAUAAAAAAAAGAAAAUAAAACCUGGUUUUGUUCAAGUCCUAUAUUUUAUUAUGCUCAAAAUACGUCAUCAGGAUAAUAAUAAUAUAAAUAAUGCUCUAGUCGUGAUUGAUUUUAAUUCAUUAUUCUAAGACAAAUACAAUAAAUUCUGCAAUAUUAAGAUUUAUCUCUUAUCUUAUUAUUUGCAAUACCGAUGCUAAACUGUUCGUCCAACUUGAUAAUAAUGAAAAUUCAUUAAAAAAAGAAAUAAAAAUAAUCCAUUUAUGAUUGACUUAAUUCAUCUAAAUGUGUUGCUUUUAAAUAAUGAAACACUAAAUGCUGUGACAAAAUGUUUUAAAGUAAUGAUGCUGAGAGGAAUCAUCAGUCUGUAAAUGUUUUGUUACAUUUUUAGUAAAUAUUCAGUCAGAUUCUGUUCUGCAAAAGGCGAAAUAAAAAGUUUAUAAUAAGAAAUGUAUGCAACAUUCAUCAACACUGAUGAUGAUGGUGAUGAUGAUGAUGGUGAUGAUGAGGCUGAGAGGUUCAGCUGGAGGAGGUGAUGGUGGGAGGAGAGGCGGAGGUUCGGUGGCCCCCCACCCCCUCCGCAUCAAACCUGCCCCCUGCACCGGAGCCGCCGACGGGCCGUGAUGCUAAACACGCAGCGGGAAAUCUGCGGCUGCAAAACCUCCGCAACAGAAAUGUAGAGGAACCAUCUGAUUUUUGUUGCUUUUAAGGAUCUGCGUGAUGGAAGCGUCUCUGCAGAGUUUCCCCGCAGUUAACGGUUUAACUCCCGGCGCCCUGCUGGCGGCCUGCCUGGCUCUGCUGCUCUCCGUCAGGCUGUGGCUCCGGCGCCGCGGGGCCGCUCCGGGCCUGCCGGGGCCCUUCGCCUGGCCCGUUAUCGGGAACGCCGCGCAGCUCGGCAACACGCCGCACCUGUACUGCACCCGCAUGGCGAGGAAGUACGGCGACGUGUUCCAGAUCCAGCUGGGCAGCCGAACCGUGGUGGUUCUGAACGGCGGCGCCAUCCGACCGGCGCUCAUCAAGCAGGGUUUGGACUUCGCCGGGAGGCCGGACUUCACCUCCUUCCGGUUCAUCGCCGACGGCCAGAGCAUGGCGUUCGGCACCGUCACGGACUGGUGGAAGACGCACCGCAAAGUGGCGCAGUCCACCGUCCGCAUGUUCUCCACCGGGAACCCGCAGACCAAGCGGACCUUCGAGCAGCACGUCCUGGCCGAGUUCAGGGAGCUUCUGCGGCGGUUCGUGGAGAAGACGCGGGCGGAGCGGUACUUCCAGCCCUGCACCGACCUGGUGGUGUCCACGGCCAACGUGAUGAGCGCCGUCUGCUUCGGGAGGAGGUACACCUACGAGGAUGCGGAGUUCCGGGAGGUGGUGGGCAGGAACGACAAGUUCACCAAGACCGUGGGAGCGGGGAGCAUCGUGGACGUGAUGCCGUGGCUGCAGUACUUCCCCAACCCAAUCAAAACCAUCUUCGAGGACUUCAAGAACCUCAACCGGGACUUUGGGGAAUUCAUCCGGGAUAAAGUCAUGGAGCACAGGAAGUCCAUGGAGUCGAGCGCCAUCCGGGACAUGACGGACGCUUUCAUCGUGGCUCUGGACCGAAACACGGAGACAACUGGACUCUCCUCUGGGAACGACUACGUGACUCCCACCAUAGGGGACAUUUUUGGAGCCAGCCAGGACACGCUGUCCACGGCUUUACAGUGGAUCAUCCUCAUACUGGUCAAAUAUCCUGCGAUCCAAACGCGUCUUCAGCUGGAGGUGGACAGAGUUGUGGACCGGAGUCGUCUGCCGUCCAUCGAGGACCAGGCUGAGCUGCCGUACGUCAUGGCCUUCCUUUACGAGGUGAUGCGCUUCACCAGCUUCAUCCCGCUCACCAUCCCCCACUCCACCAUCACAGACACCUCCAUCAUGGGCUACGCCAUUCCAAAGAACACCGUCAUCUUCAUAAACCAGUGGUCUGUCAACCACGACCCGGCCACGUGGUCCAACCCAGGGACCUUCGACCCUGAGCGCUUCCUGGAUCCCCAGGGGGCGCUAAACAAAGACCUGGUCGCCAACGUGCUCAUCUUCUCGUUGGGCCGGCGGCGGUGCAUCGGCGAGCAGCUCUCCAAGAUGCAGCUGUUCCUGUUCACGGCUCUGCUGGCGCACCAGUGCCGCAUCGCCGCCGACCCGGCGAAGACGCUACCCCUGGACUACAAGUACGGCCUGACUCUGAAACCGCUCGACUACGCCAUCGCCGUGUCUCUGCGGGAAGACGUGACUCUGCUGGACGCUGGUGCCGCUCAGGCAGUCACAAACGAACAAUCAGCAGAAUUACAGGCAAAAGGUUAAAGAUUAAAGGCCACAGAAAGAGGCUGCAACCUGCGGAGCCACAAAAUGGCUCAUCGGACCCAAAACUUUAGCGAAAAAUUAAAAACAACCAUUUUAGUAUAAAUAUAAAAACAAAUCCUGAAUGUUUAAUAGGUUUCCUGCAAAACAUGGAGAAAAGAAGUUAGCUGAAGCUAGCUAUAGCUUAGCUAGCUACAGCAGCCAUAGCUAGAAGUUACACUGCAAAAACACAAAAACUUACCAAGAGCUUUUGUCUCCUUGCAAAUAUUUUAGUUUGCUUGAAAUAAAACAAAACCAACUUCAAAGUAACUUUUCAGUAAAAUAUAAAAGCUUGCUAUAAGUCAAAAUUACUAUCAGAUUUUUUCACUUCUAAGAUAUCUUUUCUGGAAAUUGGACCAAAACUCUUUGUAACAUUGUGUGUUUUUGCAGUGUAUGGAUGUUAGAUUCUGGAUUUCCAAACAGAACGACACUAAAAGUACCAGAUUAGGUCUGUUUUUAAAAUUUAAUUUAAAUUCAUUUUCCAUCGUAUGAAAAACAUAUAUCCAUCAGCUUAAUUUUAAAUCAUAAAAAUAUAAAUAAAUUAGUGGUUCUUUAAACUGAGGACAAGUUUCCUAAAGUAGAUAUUUGUCUAAAUUUCUUCAUUGUUUCUUUCUAAAAGUCAUGCAACAAAGGAAUAAAAUGUUGAAUUUAAUUAUUUGAUUAUUUGCAUUUUUAAUGUUUUUCUAA